AUGCUAAGAUUUACCAAAAAUCAAUGUGAAACUCCUAAAGGAACUGCUACCUCUGACCCUCAUAAUUAAUUGAACUACCUGUGAAGUUAGAAGAAGGAUGGGUUAAAAAGGAUUAUAAAAUAUAAAAUGUGAAUAUUAUUUUUAUGACUUGAAUUUAGUUUUUAAAUAAGAGGGUUUAAUUUGAUAUAAAAAUAAUAAUUUAUUAUUAAUCUAACUCAACAGAUUUCAUUAUUUGCCAAUUGUCAUUUUUUUAUACCUUUACAUAUCUAUUUAUAAUCCUAUAAUAAUUGUUCGCCAGUCAAUUUAUAUGAUAUAAAAAUUGUAAAAUUGGUAACAGAGUAAGCAAGGAAAAACCGGAAUAAGACCAAGCACAACUCGUGCAAGCUCAAGCAAUUAUAAAUCAUUUAAUGUAAGCUCUCCUACUAGCAGUAGUCCAAAGCUCUUUACUUCUACUUUAUUCCUAAAUUCUGGCCUAAAAUCAAGCCGAACUAUAUCAAAAAAUCAGCCAGCCAAGCCCCAGCCCAAAUUAAAAGCAAAGCCCAGCCUAAUAACUCACAUUGGAAAAUCUAAUAGAAACUCUCCAGUACCAGUAAAUGAUAAAAAAGAGGUUCAGCGCUCGAAAAUAAAUAUAUCACUCAAUAAUUUAUCAAUCAAUUCUGCUAAUAUAGACGCUAAAACGCCAAGCUUAUCAAUGGCAAGACCUGAAAUCUCUAAAGAUCCCUAUAUUAUGAAUGAGAAUCCCAUGUCCUCAAAGUUAAUUGUUGAAAUUGAGCCUUCUAAUGGGAAUACAGAAAGAUUAAGAUUACGAUAACUCUCUGUCGACCCCCACUUAGCUUAGGAUCUAACAAUACAAGCUCACCCUUCAUGAAUUCCGUCCACUAGCGAACAGCUCUGAACAACGGUAGGUGGAAUCGGCCUAACCGUCGAACCGUUACAGUUGCCUAUGGGCCCGGACGAGUCUCUCUUCGUUCCUUGAGUGUGAUUCAAGCACACUUGGGGCUGCCGGAGCAGUCCCAACGCUGAUUUCCUUCAGAAAGAAUGUACUUCCCUCACUAGGACAAGUAUAGGGGACAGAACCCCUAACUCAUACAUUCCAUAUUUAAUUGUGAAUACAGAAAGAAAUACUCAAAACUCCUGAGCAGAUAUUGAGCUGCCUACAACUCCUGGGACCGUGCUUAAACUAUUUAAAGACAAGCUAACUGAGUAUGAGCAGGGUGAAAUCUUGAUUUACAAUAAUAUUUAUUAUUGCGGUAUUAACUCAAAAAAAAUAAAGCCAAAUCCGAAAUCGAAUUUUAAUUAUGGCUAUGAUAAUGAAAGUGGAGAUUAUGAAAUAGUUUUAAAUGACCAUAUUGCGUAUAGAUAUGAAAUCAUUGAAAUAAUAGGGAAAGGCAGCUUUGGGCAGGUUUUAAAAGUAUAUGAUUAUAAGAGAAAGACAUUAUUAGCACUAAAAAUGAUUAAAAGCCAAUCGAGGUUUCAGAAGCAAGCUGAAGUGGAAAUCGAAGUUUUGAAAUUUUUGAAGAAAAAGGACGAGAAGGACAAUCACAAUAUUAUUCAUAUCGAAAGCUACUUUACGUUUAGGCAUCAUAUUGUAAGCUUUACUUACUAUCGCCUAAAUUAAUUACGAGACAUUUUACCAAAAAUUUAUUGGAAAAGAAGAGGUUAAAUGCAAAUUUUUAUAAUAAUUUUAAUUACUAAAACUUAUGUAUUUUUUUUAAUAUUGUGAGACUUAUUUUAAUUAUUAUUACAAUAUUAAAAAAUAUUUAGCAUUCUAAAGCUUGAGAAACUAUUCAGAUAGCUGAGACAAUAGCUUAAGAGGCAAACUAGCAAUCUGAAAAGUAAAAAAUUGCAAUGACAAUCACCUUUGUUCUGGCAAGUGAAGAUAAAACUGACAAAUUCUAUCUAUAGAUUCUGUUUGUCAAGCCAAACAUAAUUUUGUCAUGAAAAUAUUUGCCAUUUUCAGUCAAACUUUUCAUAUCUCUACUUCAUCUUUUUAGUAUUUCUCUAAAGCGAGCUAUGAAAAUCUAUGCGUUAUAAAUUAAAAUAUAAUAAAUUCUACUUUCUUCUUCAUUUUUUCUGGCCAAAGUAUUUAAAAAUUUAAUAUAAACAUUCAUAAAAUAAUAUUUAAAAUUUAUGCUAGUAAUUGGAGCCUCAAUAGUAAUGGAAAAAAGUUGUUCACUAUCAAUUAUAGGAAUUAGUGCAUGACUUUCGAGCUUUUAGGCAGCAAUCUUUAUGAAUUUUUAAAGUUAACCAAUUUUCAAGGUUUUUCAUGCAAUCUUAUUAGGCGCUUCGGAAUGCAAAUACUCAAAGCGCUCAAAUUAACUGAAAAAAAUCAAAUUGUGCACUGUGAUCUAAAACCUGAAAAUAUUUUGCUAAAAUGUUCAAAUAGAUCCCAUAUAAAAAUAAUUGACUUUGGUUCAUCAUGCUUUAUUGACAAACAAAUAUAUACAUAUAUACCCUGGAGACUGCUUUGGAUCUAUAAAUCUCUUGCCAAACUGAUGUCCUGGGCAACUAAAGUUGGCAAGUGAAAUUUCUAUAGGCCCUUGUCAGCAGGUGAGUUGACUUGGUAGCUUUUAUUGCCCAAGCCAACUCCACCAGUGGGCAGAAGUCUUAUAGACCGAGGCAGUCUAAAAAAGGAUCUGGGCUAUAUUCAAAGCAGAUUUUACCGAGCUCCUGAAAUAAUAUUAGGCCUACCAUAUAGUUCUGCCAUUGAUAUAUGAAGUUUUGGCUGCAUUUUAGUUGAAUUAUUUUUAGGAAGACCCCUUUUUCCAGGCGAAAAUGAAGCUGAUCAGCUGCUCUGCAUAAUGGAAGUAUUAGGAACCCCCAGCGAAGAAUUAUUAUCAAGAUCGACGAGGAAAAAAAUGUUUUUUAGUGCAAAUAACGAGCCUAAAAUUUCUGCUAAUUCAAGAGGGAAAAAAAGAUAUCCUCGCACAAGAGAUCUGAGAGAAAUAUUGCGAGGAGCAGAAGUAGGUUUUAUAGAGCUAAUGUUGGCAUGCUUAGAAUGGGAUCCUGAUAAAAGAAUUACUGCAAAAGAGGCCCUAAACCACCCAUGAUUUUCAGAUGAAGGCAUCUGUUCUAUUACUAAAGUGAAUUCUGUAAAUAACAUUGCAACACUUAAAGGACAGACAGCAAGCGAUCCAUACAGAAGACGAGCGAGUGAUCAUAUGAUCCAAAAUCCAAGUUUCCAGGUUAAGCUAACUGCAAGGAAAGUUGGAAAAGAAUCUAGCCAUUUUUACGAAAACUAA